CCUUUUUUGCUAGAUAUUAUUUUGUUACUAUAGCUUGUCAUACGGUAUUGUUGUAGGGGCAGCCUGCCAUGUGAGAAGAUGCGCGAUCCUAUCUUUUUGUAUUACCCCUGCAGCAAAGACGAGGUGUUUUCUGAUUGCGUCACGCCCCAACAUUUGUUGGCGCAACAAACAUGUCAGUGUAGUGUAUACGCAGUCUAAAGCGCCUGGCUGUGUCAUCUGUGGACAGCCUCUGGCUCACAGAAACAGGCAUACUGAAAAUACUGAAACACUGGGCAGAUCGAUCUGCUAAACGCCGAGCACGCUAUAGAAUAUCCGGAGUCUCUUCCUCUGCGCAGAUUCACCUGCUCCCUGUCCAGAGACGCGCUCGUCAUGCUUCUGCGUCGUGCUGUCGGUAGCUUGAAGUUCCUUCUGCUCUCGCUGUUAAUAUGCUUUCUCUCAGAGCUGGUCCCGAGGACGGACGCCAGUAAGAGCUUUGAAGAUGUUCGCUGCAAAUGCAUUUGCCCUCCAUACAGAAACAUAAGCGGACACAUCUACAACAAGAACGUCUCGCAGAAAGACUGUAACUGCCUGCACGUGGUGGAGCCCAUGCCAGUCCCAGGGCACGAUGUGGAGGCGUACUGCCUGCUGUGCGAAUGCAAGUAUGAGGAACGCAGCAGCACCACCAUCAAGGUGACUAUCAUUAUCUACCUGUCAGUGGUGGGCUCCCUGCUGCUCUACAUGGUCUUCCUGCUGCUGGUGGAUCCGCUUAUCCGAAAACAGCAGUCCUACAGCCAGCCCCUGCACAACGAGGAGGAGAACGAGGAUGUGCGCCCCUCCCUGGGCGCGGAGGGGCUGACCCGCUCCCGGUCGAACACGGUGCUGGAGCGCGUGGAGGGGGCUCAGCAGCGCUGGAAGAGGCAGGUGCAGGAGCAGAGAAAGACUGUCUUCGACCGACACAAGAUGCUGAGCUAGAGAGCGGAACAGAACUGGAAUGGAACCGGAACUGGAACCGGAACCGGAACCGGAACCGGAACGGAACGCACCCCCUGCCUCUGUCUUAACCCUCGGCAAACCCUAAAACCUCCUGUCUUCAGUGCUCUCCUCCAAGUCCAGUUUUAAUACGAGGUACCCGAGUUGUUUUAGGAAAUUAAAAAAGUAAGCCCUUUUGUGAAUAACAUCCAUCUUAAAUAGUUUACUGAAUCAGCUGUGUUUCCUUAGCUUCAGUUAAAUGCUUCAUAGUUAUUUCCAUUUUUUGGGGUAGACUUUAUUCCUACACGUCAAUAUCAAACACACCUUUUAACUUUCAAGUGAAGCUGGUUUGAUUUAUUUAUGUAUUUCCCCCACCACUGACUCUAUUACAGUUAUCAUAAAUGGUUUUUAAAUAAUGCUUUGGUAGUUAAUGGAUGUAAACCUGGCUGCAUUGAGAUGUUGGGGGGCACGAUUAUGGCACUGAGUUCAUUUUGUAAUGCUUCUGGCUUUAUAAUGUAUUGUGGAUACUACAAUAAACGCUGUGUGUAUUUGAAAGACU